AUGCUCAAGAAAUCGACGCUUCUCUGCUCAUGCGGCGGUCUUCAGGCUCUGAGCCCGCACUCCCCGCUUGCCCGCCACGAACAGCCGGUCUACAGACAGCCCAAGCGCUUUGCUCAUGUACACGGAUCUGACAGUGUGAGGCCCGAGGAGGAUCUGUCAUGGCCGACAUCUCCAUCCUUUACUCCUUAUGACUUAUUCCGGCUGGAACGGAAUGCGCCCUACUCGAAGAAGCGGUUCUAUCAACUCGUCAAGAUCUAUCACCCGGAUGGACGCUGCAACGGCCAUCCACAGUGCAAAGACCUACCGGAAUCCGUCAGGCUACAGCGUUAUCGACUGCUGGUAGCCGCCCAUGAACUGCUCUCCAACCCUACGAAGAGGAGCGAAUACGAUAGGUUUGGCCGGGGCUGGUUCCAGAGAGAAGAGCUCUUUGGCGCCAGAGGACCAGCCGCGAAGAAUGCAAUGGACGCAUAUUACUCCAGACGGAGACAGGCGGACCCUACCAUCUUCAGGAAUGCAAGCUGGGAGGAUUGGGAGCAGUACUAUAGCCGACGCAGCGGGAAACAUCAGCAGCAGACCCAGUCUACCGGCGCCUCUCACGAGACGUUUGCAUCCCUGUUCGUCCUGCUGGCCAUCUUCGGCGGAGUAGCUCAGGCCGUGAGCAUAGGGAAAUACUCCAGCUUCGUCGAGGAUCGUGUCAAGAAAGUCAACCAGGAGUGCGGACGGUUCCUGGAGGGACGACGGCACCAGACCGUCUCUGAGAUGGACUCCGUCGACGAAAGGGUGCAGCAUUUCCUGAAGAGACGAGAUCCAUCUGGCUACGGACUGAAAGAGGAGGAGGAAGAGACCUAUCGAAAGCUCUUGGGGGGCACUGGGCAUCAUAUCGAGUACCGCCAUGACGAGGGUCGAUAG